ACUAUUUCCACAGCAGUUGUGCGCUGGAGCGAAGCGCGCGACUCUACAACAGCCACUUCAGACAGCGCGUGCUGCCGAGCUCAGGCACGCUUCACAGGGGAUAUUUCACAGUUAUUAAGGUUUUAUUGGCGACGCUUCUUUACCCUAUAAACAGGGCAUGGUGACAGGGGAGCUGGGGAGUACUUCCUCAUGUGUCUUCAAUGGGAAUUCGGCUUUAAGGUGAAUGAAACUGUGCGCGUAAUUACCUGCCAGAAGUGAAGAUGUGUCGAGCUGUGAGAGAAUAGCGUCGUUUAAUCGAUUCUGAAACGAGCUCAAGUCUUCGCAAACUUCUGCUUCUUCUGACUGACAUAAGACGUCAUGGCAUCUGUGUACUGGAGACACGCGCUUGCCUUCUUGGUAAUUGCGAAUCUAUCUGUGUUAACAACAGCAUGCAGCAACCACUAUGAAUUUGCUAUUGAGGAAUUCUGCUUGGCCAAAUUCAAGCUGGAUAUGGAGGUUCUUGAUCAGCAUCAGUGGUGCAGUUGGGAGGACACCGUUGAGUCUUACGGAGAGCUGACAAACUGCACGUUCCUGGUGGCUCUGAAGAUGAAUUGUUUCUGGCCCAACCGACUUGUGGACGAGUUUUUCAUCCGUGUGCACAGGCACUACUUCCACGACUGUUCGUUGUCUGGACGGCUGCUUCACGACCCACCCAAUCGGAUCCUAGGGCCUUUUAUCGUGGUGCCUAUUCUGGUGACCCUGCUCAUGACUGCUCUAGUGGUAUGGAGGAGUAAACGCAGCGAGGGAAUAGUAUAAGGCCACUGCUUCUAACCAAGCAAUCCCACGCCGAACGAGUUAUUUCGAACAGACUGUAAACACUAAAAGUGUCAUUAAAUGGUUGGAUAUGGAACUAGAGAACACUUUCACUGUGUUAUUGGCAACAGGUAACAAACAAGUCAAUUGAAAAGAUUUCAUAUAGGUCGUUUUUGAUUACAUAUCAUGUCAUGAUGACACUUCAUCGAUAAAAUCAAUCUCCAAUCUGAAUGUUAAACAUUAUUGUGAUGGUGGAUUACCUGUAAGCUUAGAUGUAAAAAUCUGAAGCUUUAAGAAAGACGCCACUAUUCUUAAGUGUUUUGUAAACACUGGACAUUUCGUUUCACGCAUCAGCCUCACUACGUUUCACACUAAUCUUUUACAUCUUAAAUCUUUUGUUAUGCUUUGUGCCAAAUGCUGCCAGCAGUAGUAAUGAUUUACAUUAUUAUUCUGUGAUGAUCACAAUUAUGUAAAUAUGGAUUAAAAACAAUAAUAAAAGAGUUAUUGUA